GGUCCCGCGGCAGAUUUCUACGCUACAGAGCCUCGGCCGCAAGUGAGAGAAAGGGAAUUUCCUAGAUAAGGAUUAUCAGUCUACAUCUUAUCUAGAGAAUGUUAGUUGUGGGCAGGGGUUGUUGUUGUUGUUGUUAGGCGUGGGGGUGUUUCGUCCCCCACGUGCCUCGGCUGUUGUCAACUCGCCCGCCCCUUCGAUCUCUCUUUCACCUUCCCAUUUGUAUGAGUGCGCGCCUUUUCUGGUUGCUGAUUACUUUCAUGUUCGCUACUUUGUACCCCAUUUGACAAAUUUGCUGCCUCCGCACACUCCUUCAACUUAAAAUUUCUCAUUAAUAAAAUUGAUGUUGUCCAACUACAAACCAUGACUAUGCCCGAUAUCGACCUGAAAUUGAAGCUUGACACCCCUGCAGAGGGUCCUGUGGUCCAGAAUGAGCUGGGGAAACUCGCGCUGGAAGUGCAACCUUCCAAAGAAGAACCAGAAAAGAAACUGAUUGAAGCUGAUGUGCAAACAGAUCAACAGCAACUGCAAGCGAUCCAACAACAACAGAAACUGCAGAACCGUCUGGCACUGCCGCUGACACCGCUGGAGGCGAUCGACGUGUCGGACGCCUUUUCCAGAAGAACCGAAAAGAUAACGGGCAACAAUACAGCCCCCACCCCUGUGGCAUCGCUGUACACCACCAAUUCCAAGCCAAUUCCUGCUUGGAUGAAGAAACAAGAGGUUGUCAAUAAAUAUGAUAAGUAUGGAAAAAGAGAAUCUUCAGAAAAUAAUUCUGGCUCGGCUACGAUUACUUCAAAUAAUGACACCCCUUCCUCGGUUACAACUUCUACUUCUUCAAUUGAAGAUACUUCUUCUCCUUAUGCCAAAUAUCUCUCGGUGUCGUCUACUUCAAGUUCCUCAAGAACCAAACGGAUUGAAGAUCCACGAAGACGUCGUCGGGAUGAUGUAGACGAUGAAGAUGAUCGGUCUAUUCGUCGUGCUAGAUAUUCUACUACUACUACUACUACUCCUCCUACAAGUACUACUGCCACUUCCACCCCCAUUGGCCACGCGUCUGGGGUCACCCCUUACAACCCGGUCACAGCCGCAGCAGCAUCAGCAUCCGCGUCGGCUACCACUGCCACACCAUCCUACAACCUGUUCAAAAGUAAAAUCAACAACAAAAGCAACCGAGACAUCAACUCCAUUGUAAGAACCCAUUACAACCAAAAAACAUACCAUUCACUCCAACUGGGACCACGUACCAAGUCCCCGAUCUACAAACUACGCAACUUCAACAACACCAUCAAAUACAUCCUUUUGGGCAACUAUGUGAAGCCGAACCCGGACCGGUCUAGACCCACGGUGAUUCUUGACUUGUGUUGUGGUAAAGGUGGGGAUUUGAACAAGUGCGAAUUUGUUGGGGCCAACCAAUUGAUUGGUAUUGAUAUUUCCGACGCGUCAGUAAAGGAGGCAUUCAAACGAUAUUCGCAAAAUAAAGCGAGAUUCAUUCAUCCAGUAGGGGGGUCACAAAAUCCAUCGGGUGUACCUGCCAAAAGAGAUUCAAGAAAAUAUAAUUUUGACGCGUGCUUUGCCACGGGGGAUUGUUUCACAAGAGCAAUUCCGGACAUUUUGGAACCGGUGUUCCCCGGAAUUGUUUCCAAUCUAUUUCCGGUCGAUUGUGUAUCGAUUCAAUUUGCCCUCCAUUAUGCGUUUGAAACAGAAGAAAAGGUGAAAACCUUGUUGAAUAACGUAUCACGACUGCUUAGACCCGGUGGAACCUUUGUUGGGACGAUCCCAUCACUGGAUUUCAUCCGAGAAAAAAUCGUCAAGAAGGAGUUCCUCCCCGGAAGUGAUGGCUUGGCAUUUGGUAAUGAUUUAUAUUCGGUCACUUUCCACCAGCCACCCCCGGAAGACGGCGUAUUCCGACCCGCGUUUGGCCACGGGUACAACUUUCUGUUGAAAGACGCGAUUGAUGACGUUCCCGAGUAUGUGGUUCCAUUUGAAGUGUUCCGGCUGCUCUGUGAAGACUAUGGUCUCACCUUACGGUACAAGAAGAACUUUGUUGAUCUCUUCAACGCGGAAAUCCCACGGUAUUUCGGCCGCUUGAACAAAAAUUUGAUCGAGGGUAUGAAACGGUCGGAUGGCAAAUACGGGGCCGAGGGUUCGGAAAAGGAGGCCGUUGCCUUUUAUAUAGGAUUUGUGUUUGAGAAGGUUGGCGGUUGA